UCAGUCCAGCCGUAUGAUAGAAGCUUCACGUCAGGACAGCCGUUCAGCUUGAGCUCCGCUCCAACCCUGACUUUAUCUCCGAGCACCACAUCCACAGUUUACCUCAACACGGCGAUGGCAUUCUCCGCACAGAGGAGGGUAAAGAGCACGCAGAUCAGGAGUAUUUAAACGACGAUAUUCCGAGAGACGCGCAUCAUGCUCAGGUGGUCCGUGUUUCCCACCGAAGAAGGAGAUCAUUCAGACUGCGUUCGGAAGAGAAAACAGUCGUGUGACUGUUCAGAAUAUUAAUCAGACUUUUUAUCUAAUCAUGGAAGAGAGCAAUACCUGUGAAUCAGUCCCAGAUUUGAAAGAUCUGGAGAUGAAAGUGGGGAGAAAGACCCCAGAAGGGCUCCUGAAGUGGAUGAGAGAAGAGCACAAAAUGAUCUCUCAUCAUCAGCCAGACAAUAAUGAGACUGAGAAGAAAGGCCUCGAUGGGAAGAUACGAAAACUUAAAAUGGAGAUGGCUCAUCUACGAGCAGCUGACGUCAAGAUCUUGAACCAGUUACUAGCACUGCAUGAGGGUAUCGAGGCAGUGAAAUGGCUCCUGGAAGAGCGUGGUGCUCUCACCAGCCGCUGCAGCAGCCUGACCAGCAGCCAGUACAGCUUAGGGGAGGGUCCUGACACAUCCUGGAGAGGCAGCUGGAGCAGUCUGCAGGACCCCCAUGACAAGCUGGACAACAUUUCCAUCGGCAGCUAUCUGGACACAUUAGCCGAUGAACUGGAUGAGUACUGCCCUUCCAGUGGGACUGAGUCAAUACUCUGCGCCACUUCUAUGGGGACUGGAGGAGGGGUCGGCAGUACCACUGUAUCUGGAAGCAGACCUCCUCAAGUCAAGACAGAUGGCCCUAAAGAAGAAGCUCAGGUUUGGAAUAAAGCACCGUCUGAGACAGCGAGAGCUAACAAGACCAAUGGAAUCCUGGACAAAACAGCGACACAAAUGGUCAGCGCAGAUUCGCCCAGAGCUUGUCUCACUGAGAAGCUUGGGAAGAAUCUGAGCCCUAAAGUCAAACCAUACAAAAAUGGCAAGGUUGAGCUGGAGAGCUGUAAAAAGAACGGCAAAGUUCAACUGGAGUACGAUGCACAUUGGCGUUGGGUUCAGUCGCAGGAUGAUGUAACGUUUUUGUGAUAGUAUACACGAUUAUUUAGCCAAAGUUGGGAGAUUGGGGUUUAAACACUGAGGUUUUGUUUGCUGACUUUCAUCUUUGAUUAAUGUGAGGCCAGAUUCUCAGGUCUCCUUUAAAAAACAGAGGUUAAACGUUAACAACAGGAAAGAAGCUUAGACAUGGGGGUUCAGAGUUUAAAAAGCCUGAAUUAGUGGUUGUUAGAUGUGUAUGGACGCAUGUUUCCUGUGUGCAUUUCAGUUUUUUUAUUGGCAUCGAUUGAUUUAGCAAAGCUAUUUAUUAAUUAGCCAUUAAUCCUUUAUUGCAUAUUCAGUGCAGUCAUUUCAUUUUAAUUAUAAUGAUGUAAUUGCAAUUUGGUGUGCUUGCAGUAGUUUUUUUUGGGCUUUUAGAGAUUCUAAAUUUUCAAUAUGAUUAUCUGAAAGGAACAUCAAAUCAACUUUUUGUAGUAUAUUUACAUUAGCAUAUAGAUCUGCAGUACAGACCGAUUAAAAUACUUUUAAUAUCUUUUAAGGUGCUUUCACACUAGCACUUUUGGUCCGCACCCGGGUUCAUUUGACAUCAGAGUAUGGUACGUUUAGCUAGUGUGAACGUGUCUUCUGAACUCGGGUCACCCAUGAACCAUACCUGAGUCCACUUGAAAAAGUUGGUCUGGGGUACGGUUCAUGCGAACUCUGGUCUGGUUCACUUCUGGAUUGAAUGCAAUCGUACCAAAUAAUUGAAGUGAACCGCCAACUGUAGAAAAAACUAUCGUUUUCAUAACGUUCAUUUGUGUGUGUGUGUGUUUAUCUGUGUAUCACGUACUGUACUUUGGUGACAAGUGGGACUGAGCCAGUGCAAGCACAGUGAUUAUAGCCCCUUUCACAUAUACAGACCUUUCUGGAAAAUUACCCACCUUUUUGAAAAUACCGGUAAAUUCGUUCUGGCUAUUUUCCGGAAAGAGACGUUGUAACAUUAGCGGUAAUUUGCCGGAAUGCUACACUGUGUGAACGAAGAAGAAAGAUUGCUAGAAGGAGCGCAUUCAUGUCUAGAAAGCGCUGACGUGAGACGUCUACUUUAGCCAAUCAGAACACUCAGAUGCAUUCACGUCCACACGGUUUAUGAAAAUAAAAGCCUUUGAAUAUUUUUCCUGACACAUUUAGCUGCUAGAUGUAAGUUAGAUAACAUUUCUAUGUUAACUGUGUAAAAGAUUAUCGAUAAAAUGCUUAUAAUAAGCCGUUGUUUGUUUACCUUCAAGCUCUGACAUGUGUGCAUGAGAAGCAGCCGGUGAGCGCCAGCGCACACACAUAUUAUGUACAUCUCGACACACGAAAGUGUUCCUCCAUAUGUUUUUAUUGAAGCUGUUCAUAAUACUUAUCCAUCCACAGAGUUUGUAAUGUAGUCAAAUGUUUACAAAUACAAGCACAGCUGUUUAGAGGUCAUUUCUGCUUAAUAAUGUCCGAAUUUAUCAGUAUUUUGGAAUGCAUGUGUAAAUUGUCUUUUCCAGAAAAAUACCGUAACGUCUUUGCCUGUGUGAACAGCGCUUUUUUUAAUUUACCGGUAGAGUCGUUCUGCAAAUUUUCCAGAUAAUUACCGGUAUUACUGUGUGAAAGGGGCUGAUGUCUGCUUGUCUCCUCCAAAAACAGCUUCUGCAGACAUCGCGCGUUGUUCUGAACGCUUAUAAUAUUUUUGCCGUGAUAUGCGGACGUCUAUCCAUUUUGGCGCUUUGCUUUUGUGUCCAUCACCUAGCAACAGCCGUACAUAAUAGCAGCUCAAUGAUGCAAGCGUACCGGGGCUCAGACGGAAAAAAAGACAGUGUGAACACAAACUAACCAAGAAGGUGGCAAGGGGGGACAAUCGAACUUGGGUACGGUUCAGGCAAUUGUACCAAGUGUGAAAGCACCAUUAAUGUGGGGGACUAAGCUACAUUUUCAGAAUCAUAACUUCAGUUGUCACACAAUCCUUAAGAAAUCAUUCUAAAAUAUUGAUUUGGCAUGGAGAUACUGUCAAUGUAUAAAAAAGUAAUAUCUAAUAAUUUUUUUUUGGAAGCUAUAAUGUCACCGUUGAUCAUUCUGAUGCAUGAUUGUGUUUUCUUUUUUUUUUUUGAAGUGAGUGAACAAACGUACUUAAUAUUUUAACGUGGACCAAAGUUUGUUUAGAUAUAUACAACAGCUUGAAACCACAGCAGAUGUAUUUUUAUUAUAAUAUAAGAGUGCAUAGAUAUUUAUGCCGUGACCAUUUUUGUGACCUUUCUGCUGAUUACAAUCCAGACAAAAUGAAGCGUAGCGUUUGCUCUUAAACCGAAGGGAAUGUUUAAAUCAUGUCCCAUUUUACUACCAAAGUCUUAAAUCUCCUCAGAGUAUGUUUCUCAGAGUUAGCAUCUAAAGGUCAAAGAACAAAUCCAUCCUGAAUACCAAGCAUGCUCUCCCAUCUGCUCCAAUGUGACCCUGAAUCCAGAAUCAGCAACACCCUUGAGUUGCCUUUGACAAUUAAUUAUACAAUCAGAAUGUCCUUUUACAUACCUAUAUAUGAUUGUUUAUUUGAAAACUGCUUGUAGUUUACGCUGUCUGUCAGAAUGCUAAUGUAAUUAAUCAGUGAAAAAUGCUGUAUCGCAAGACUAAUCAGGUAAACUGUGGACUAGCUUUAAGUAGGAUCCUGCUUUGGAGUACCAAUUGGCAAAUUAAAUAAACUCGAAAACAGGAAAUGAAGGAUGUCAUAUGGCUUGUUCCACAUUGCACAGAUUCAACAGAGUAAUAAUGCUCAUACAAACGCAUGGGGACCAGUGGUUGUGCUGUGAUCUUUGCAUUUGUGUCUUUUCCCUUGAUAUUUAAAACCUUAAGCACCCAAAGUGCACUUUUGAUUUAAUGUUGGCUAACGUGUUAAUCAAGUUGUUAAUCUAUAUGUGGUGUAACUUUGACAGUGUCAGCACUGGUUAUAAUCCUGCAUUGCCUAUGUUUUGUAUGCCAAAAGAACUGCAUUGGUGUAAUAUUUUUUUGGA